CCCGGAUCUUUAACUACUACACCACCCCCUCCCUCCCAAAAGCGUGACGCGAGCGCUGCCGUCUGUCCGCGACGCGUCUGAAUCGCUCGCAGCGCAACAUUGUAACGGAUGCAUGCAACACGUCCGUUCGGAAAGAGCGCGCUGGUGCUGAUGCUGCGACACCCCGUAUACAGCAUCCUUUUACAGGAACAGUAUGGAUCAUGACGGCUUUUCUCAUCCGCGUCUUAUAAAACUUCUCUAUAUUUGGUUUCUUCCAUUUAAUGACCGCGUUUCAAAUCGCGUCCGCAUCUUAACGUGAUCACCGCAGUUUUUAAUAUCCGUGGGAAGCGAAAACCUGACACCUAACUCUGUUUUUCGGAGUUAUGCGUUUGAAUUCAACUCUGAUGCAAUGAACUGACGCUUUUUGAUUUACUUGCAUUCUUUCUUGGCAUCACCAAAAGAAAAGCGCAGAGGAGAUUUCCGAAGUCGGGGACUGAAUUGGCUAUCCAAGUGGAAGAGAAGCUGUGCAAUGGGGCCCUUACCAUGGGAAGGGCGUCUGUCGUGUUUUCUACUUCACGUCUCUGUUCUCCUGCUGCUCAGCAAGGGGGAGAGGAUGUGCCCGACGAGUUGCCGCUGCGAGGGCAAGAUUGUUUACUGCGAAUCUGGCGGCUUUCAAGACGUCCCGGAGAACGUCUCUCUGGGGUGCCAGGGUCUAUCCCUGCGCUACAACGGCCUCCUGGUGUUGCUGCCGUACCAGUUUGCGCACCUCAACCAGCUGGUGUGGCUCUAUCUGGACCACAAUUCCAUCAGCGCCGUGGACCGACUGGCUUUCCGAGGCCUUCGCCGGGUAAAGGAAUUAAUCCUGAGCUCUAACAAGAUCAUGCAGUUGCAAAACAACACUUUUGAGACCGUUCCAAACCUACGCAACCUCGACCUGUCCUACAAUCAGCUACAGGACCUGAGGCCGGGGUAUUUCCAAGGGCUUCGCAAGCUUCAGACCCUUCACCUCCGGUCCAACAGUAUCAAAAGCAUUCCCGUUCGAACGUUUAUGGAAUGUAGAAGCCUCGAGUUUUUAGAUUUGGGUUACAAUCGCUUGCGGACGAUAACUCGGACAACCUUUUUGGGUCUGCUGAGGUUGACGGAGCUCCAUCUGGAACACAAUCAGUUUUCCAGGAUUAAUUUUUUCCUUUUUCCACGCCUCUUAAACCUGCAGGCUCUGUAUCUGCAAUGGAAUCGCAUACGGACGGUAAUCCAAGGAUCGCCUUGGACUUGGCACACCCUGCAAAAGUUGGAUCUAUCAGGCAAUGAGAUUCAGGUUUUAGAUCCUGCCAUUUUUAAGUGUCUGCCCAAUUUGCACACCCUCAAUCUGGAGUCUAACAAGAUCAGCAACGUUUCCCAGGAAGUGGUUUCGUCGUGGAUCUCCAUUAGCACCAUCAAUCUGGCUGGAAACGUGUGGGAUUGCAGCUCAAGUAUCUGUCCCCUGGUGUCCUGGCUGAGAAACUUCAGAGGAACCAGAGAUGCCAGCAUUAUCUGCAGUACUCCCAAAUCCCUACAGGGAGAAAAAGUCAUGGAUGCUGUAAGGAACAACUCCGUGUGCGAGGAGAUAUUUACUGUGGAACCCACCACGGAUUUAAUUCUUCUCCUGACCACGACCACGACAACUUUAUAUGUGACGAAGCCACCCACUACAACCCCGCCCACCACAACGAGACCGCUUUCUCAAGUUACCCAAAGACUCUCUCCAAAGCCUUCGUUCCCUGUUCAGUCCGACAAAGAAUUCCCACCCACACCCACCAGCUUACCUUUCACCCCAGAGCCCGAGUUCGAGCACAUGACCUUCCACAAGAUCAUCGCCGGCAGCGUCGCUCUGUUCCUCUCGGUGUCACUGAUACUGUUGGUGAUUUACGUCUCGUGGCGUCGGUACCCUAACAGCAUGAGACAACUCCAGCAGCACUCCAUCCGACGCAAGCGCAGGAAAAAGACUCAAGAGCCGGAGCAUAACAUCAACACCCAGCUGCAAGAAUAUUAUCUGAGCUACAACCAUGCCAAUGCAGAGACCAUGGACUCUUUGGUUAACGGGGCGUGCACCUGCACCAUCUCGGGCUCCAGAGAGUGCGAGGUAUGACCUACCGCUAAAAACGCAUUCUCUGCACCGGGGAGUCGGAGAAUGCUUAUACGUACCCCAGACCGCUACCAGGGCCGUGGCUGGGAGACAUCCACACAAUUCACUGAGGGAGGGCCGUGAGAAAACCUCUCACUGCCCACUAUGUGGUUCAGAUAAACGCCUUUCCUGGAUUUUGGUUCAGCGCAGAUUUGCGAACACAAAAGAAGCCUUAUCGAAUCUGAAAAGAAUGAAUGGGCGGCACGCAUCCUUUUGGAUGAAAACUCUUUGGAAAGUGGAGUGAAUACGCCAUGAAUCUCACACCCCGUCCUUAAACUAAACCGGUCUGGUAGUCAUUUCAACAAACAAUAACCGUCCCCCGCAACGUGGGGCCGUUUCAGCUGCGUUGGCAAACAUGAAUGGCAAAUCCAUACUGUAUGUAAUGAACUGGCAAAACGUUUUUCCAGGCUGCCAUUGUUCCUGUAUGAUAGCUACUACCUGCUCUCCCCGUGGAUCUACGCCUACCGUUCGGAUCUUUCCCACCUCCCAUACGUUCAUCUCUUUGUGUUGUAUAGUGAUGUGAUAACUAUUCAUGUCGAACCAUUGAAAACAUCUCUCCUGAUCACUGGACAGUAAUUGCUCGAUUGAGCAUAAACCACAGGGAUGUUUCUGAAAGACUACACGACGACAGAAGUUAUUUUUGACAGUCGUGGAAAAAUAAUUGAGAGGAAAGCGACGAGAGCCAUUUCCUAAGACCGCAGCUUCACCACAAGUUCCCACUGUGAUUUGAUUUCAGCCCCGGCUGAUCUCGGACAAACCACAGGAGAAUUGAAUUGUGGCUCGAAUGUGUUUGUUGUGGAUGUGUCCAUUUUGUUUCCCAUUUAAAGCCUGAAUUUUGAAGAUUUUCUAGGCAUCUCUUUGUUCUGAAAGAAUAGUUGACUAUUUUUGUAUGAGCACCUGUCAUCAUAGCUUGACGAAUCGCGGAGAGAUGGAUUUUAAAAAUACUGAGAUACGCUCGUGUUUUGGGGAAACUUUGCAUCCGGAUGCUUUUCAACAUCAACGCAAACACAGCAAGUAACUGGACGUUUACUAAAACACUUAACACUGCAGCAUCGUGCCGCUGACCUGGCAGAACAUAAACCAACAGUUCUCAACCGGUGCAUCUCGGUCCAAAAUGGGUGACAGGUCUGCUGAGAUAGGAUCGUGGAGAGCAACAGUACAAUAACAACAGUAAAGUAAUACUAAACAUUUAGUUGCUGAUAAUAAAGAGAGCAAAAUCUUUGGUUAUAUAUUUUUUACAUCAAAGGCUGUGACAUGCAAAUAUGAUGCCAACAGAGACGUACUGGUUGAUAUUUCCUUAUCCAAGAAAACCAUUAACAAAAAUGUAGGUUAACAAAAAUCCCAAAAUAGCCAGUCACAUAAAUAAUUAUUAUCGGCCUUUACAAUUCACGGUGACAUCAAUGCAUAUCUUUAAUUUUGCAAUUUAAGUAACGAGUUGGGUCUCCAAUGAAAAAAAAUCUUGGCCCUAAAGUAAAAAACCAGUUGAGAACUGCUGACGUAAACAUUUCUGCCGAGGUUUUUCCAAACUUAACCAACCGUAUUAGAUUUCUCAUCAGUAUUUUCUAUUCCGCACCACAAGCAGAUUUACAGCGUAUCUGGCGCAACAGUGACAAGCCGUAACACAUGCAUUUGUGCAAGAGAAAGACAGGCCAAUGUAAUAAUGUAGCUAACAGUGACAGUGAGCGAGCACAUGAAUAAAUGAAUGUGCGAUUGCUCUGAAAGCCAUGGAAAGGAUUAUGUAGAAAUCCACACCCACUGCCAUCUGUCCAGAAGACCUCCCCCAUCCAUGUUUAUUGCUUAAACCUUAUUAAAUUAAUCCAUUACUGUAUAAUCCACAGCAGAAUUAGUUAACAUCGUGCAGGUUGCCUACCACUAUGCUUAUGCAGAUACUAAAUGUUUUUUUAAGGUAUUUAGGGUUGGUUACUAUAGGCAAGGUUAAUGGCCACCUUGCCUAUAGUCAAGCGGGCUCACAUACAAGUCUGCACACUCCAAAAAAAUCCUGAUUUUUUUCAAUAAAUCAAAAAUCGAUGGGUCAAAAAGGGAUAAUCCCCGUUGAUAGGUUAAAUUAACUCAGAAAAUGUUGAACAAUGGGUUAAAACAACCCAGCAUUUUGAAUUUAAACAAUCCAGCAUAGGGUAAACUACAACCCAUUAGGUUUGUCCCUUUUGGCCCAACGCUGAGUUGAGUGCAGAUAUAGCUUAGGUUUCAAUUUUAACUUUUUCCCCACUAAUGACGAGUUAUCUCGUCAAUUAAGAAAAAACGCUUUCCUGCCAAUGACGAGUUUUUACGGCAAUCCAUAUUUCCGCUAUUAUCCACCAGGUGGAGCUCUUACCCAACUUAUAAAACACUAAAGCAUCCACUGAUCCAAAAACAGUAAAAACUCUGUGUAUGUUUUGAUCAUCAUUCUGAAUCUGAUCUCUAACAAAAGUCU